UCAAGGCGCAUCGUUGGUCAGUAAAUUCCACAUUUUCAAAUAUCAUCGCCUAAACAGUUUUGAUGGAUAAUGUAUAUGACAUACUAAUUAAAAAGAUUCGAAAUUUUUAGAUCAAAAUAAAAGAAACACCAUGUCUCUGGAAGACUACUUCGACGAGGACUACGGCAAGGACUUCAACAAGCUCGACGAGGACUUCGAGUACGAUGUCGGCGAGUUUUUUCGCGACAACCUCAUAAAAGUUCGCGCAGCUAUCGACAAUCAAGCUUUCCGCAAGUUCGCCACCCUGGAUGACAACGGGGCUCGAGUCGCUUUUCUUCUGAACUACCCGGAGUGUCACGAGCUGCCGGUCGAGGUAGAAAACUACGAGCGCAAGGAUCCCAUCAAGGCUAAAUCACUCAAGGACAGCGGCAAUACGUCCUUCGGAUUCGACCAUUAUGAGGUCGCCAUCGAGGAGUACAAUAACGCGGUUCUCGUUGCUCCCAAAAAAGAACUGGGCGUUAUCCUGGCGAACCGAUCGGCGGCCUUUUACCACCUGGACAAGUUUGACUUGGCCCUGCGAGAUUGCGAGGAGGCUCUGAAGGUGGGCUACCCCAAGCACUUGACGUACAAAGUGGCUGAGCGUCGGGCCCGAUGUCUUUUGGGCCUAAAGAGUCACACCAAAGCGAUGGAGGCGUUCAAAAGCGCAAUACAAGCGCUCGACGAUGCCAAGAUGCCCAGCGAGAAGAAGAAAAAGUGUGAGUCCGACAUGAGGAUCAUGCUAGCCAUGAUGCAAAAAGGUCAGCAACUGAAUGACAGCAAGGGAGUUACUAAGGAGAAGCUCAUCGAAAUGGAGAACAAUAUGUUGAAGGAAAAGGACACGACGCCAAAGAUCAAGGAAUGCAAUCCCCUGUACCCGUCGUGCAGCAAAGCCGUGGAGAUAAAAGAUGCCAGAGGUGAUGUCGGACGAUUCGCCGUUGCAACCAAGGACAUUCAGCCAGGAGAACUGCUCGUCGUUGAGAAACCGCACUGCUCUAUGCUUCUAGGAGAAUAUCGGCUGACCCACUGCCACAGAUGCUCGAUACGCAUAGUCGCUCCAUACCCGGCGAGCUGUUACCUCUGCAGUUCAGUCGCCUACUGCAGUCCCAAUUGCCGGGACCUCGAUGAGCGGGUUCACUCGAUCGAGUGCGGCCUGCUGGGUUCUCUCUGGUGUUCCAAAGCCUCCGUCACCUGUAUGAUGGCUCUGCGCGCCAUCAUCCAGAAGCCCUACGAAGAGUUUAUCAAGGCCAAGAGCGAACUCAAGAAGACCAAGGGCAAGCUCGAAAUUGGCAAGGGCAAACCCUUUGUCGGCAGAGAUUACAAGGCAUUCUGCAAUUUAGUUACACACGAGGAUGAGAGGACUGCCGAGGACUUGUUUCACAGAGCUUACAUGUCGGCUUGGCUGUUGAGGGUCUUGAAAACCUCGUCGUACCUGCCGGCGAGCGUGAAGACACCUGAUGCUGCCGAGAUAGCUCUUUCGGAGGGCGAGACUCUGGUAGCAGACGCGAUUCUGUAUCAUCUUCAAAUGCUGCAGUUCAACUCUCACGAGAUUUCGGAGCUCGUGAGACCUAGAGGAAAACCCGACCUGUCCAAGGGUAAGAGUCUAUUCAUUGGUGGCGGAGUUUUUCCAACUGUAGCACUCUUCAAUCAUUCCUGCAACCCCGGUGUCGUAAGAUACUUCAUAGGAAAUACUAUGGUUGUACGAGCUAUAAAGACUAUUCCAGCUGGUGCCGAGAUUUCCGAAAACUACGGCCCCAUAUUUACGGAGGAAGAAGAAAACGACAGAAAGCGGAAACUGCGUUUACAGUAUUGGUUUGACUGUGAUUGCGAAGCGUGCAAGAAUCAUUGGCCUCUUUUAGCAGAUAUUGAUCCUAAUGUUUUAAAGUUUAAGUGCGAGACGGGGUCUUCUUGCGGCAACGUUUUACCUGUGAACAUAAACUCGGAAAUAUUUAUGAUUCCAUGCUCAAAAUGUGGAAACAGUACAAAUUUGUUCAAAGGCCUGAAGGCUAUACAAGACACAGAUGCGAUUUACAAGAGCGCACGUAAGAAUUUAGAACUUGGCCAUCACGAUGACGCUCUCAAAUCUUUCUUGGAGAUUCUCAAGAUCCUCGAUGAGACGUUGGCGCUGCCGAUGAGAGAUUACCAUUUAUGCCAACAAGGUGUCAGACAGUGCAUGCUUGCCUGUGGAAAUUCGUCGUUUGUACGAUAGUAACAAGUUGUCAUAAACACAAUUUAAUUUUUUAAGAUGUAUACCAUAUUUAUUUCAAAUUACGAUUCGUAAACUUACAGAUUGUAUUUCAGUAUAUAAGCACAUAAAUGAAAUGUGACGCGAUGAAUUACACGCAAUUUGUAACGAGAAAAAUCCUACAAUUUUUACAAGACUAUAAAACAAUAAAAUUUUUUUCAGAUAUUUUAUCCAUUUACUGUCUCGCGCACCCCUGUGCGGCACGCGCACCAUGUUUGGUUUUUAUCACAUAAUAAUCGUUAAAGAAAGCAAAUCAAUAAAAAAAGAACGCUUGUGUUAGUUUUUUUUUUUGUAAGGCUCAAUUAAAAUUAAAAAAAAAAACAUUACUUGAUUAGGCGA